AUGGAUAGUAAUGAGGACUUUUUUAAGUUCUGGGAGCAUGCAGUACCUGAUGAUAAAGGAUUUAUAUGUUUACAUUUGAAGAUAUUAAACUCUGAAUUCGGUAAUGACAAUGACUUCAUUGAGGCUGCAAUGGAACAACCAGUGACAGUAAUUGAUGAGACUCCAAAGAAGUCCCAUAAGAGGAUUGCUAAAAAGCCAGUUUCAAAGGAAAAGUCCGUAAGGAGAUCACCAGAAAAGACUGUAAGGAGAUCACCAAGGUUGCAAGAUCAGUCAAAGUUUGAAAACUCAAAUGGAGGAGUAUCUAGGAAAUUGUUUGUGGAUCUGUUAAAUGAAAUGGAAUCUCAGGGUUAUUCUUGCGUUAGUCAAGCCAGUGUUGUGGGUUCUAGCAGUGUACCAAUUCAAGUGACUGAAAACUUUAACCAUGAUUACUGGGUUGAUGCAGUCAAGAAUACUGAUGCAGUGAACCAGAUUGAUGCAGUGAACAACAAUGAUGCAAGGGUCAGCAGUGAUGAUGAUGAGGAGAAUGUGGUGUUAGAGAACACUACUGUGGAUGAAUUUCACCCCAUUGAAGACCCGAAUGCUCCACCAAUAUAUGACAGUGAUGAAGAGGAUGAUAUUGAUUAUGAAGAUAUUGUCAAGACAUAUAAACUUGGAGAUGAAAGUAGUGAUUCAAGCAGCGGUGAAGAAGAUGAUGAAGAAGUUUAUAAUGAUGGUGGGAGUAAUGAUAAUAAUGAUUGUCUUGAAGCAAUAGAUGAUAAACAUGUGAAAGCGAAGUUUGAUUACAAGAACUGGAAAGAAGACUUCAAUAUGCACAGUGAUGAAGAAGAAGAACCCUUAUUCCCUGUAGAAGAAGAGGUGGCUCCUGUUGAUCCUACAAAGAUUGAGUACACUGUUUACAAGAGUGACAAAACUAGAUUAAGAGUCAGAUGUAGGUUUAGGGAAGAGUAUGGAUGUCAAUGGUUUGUAAAUGCUAGCAUAAAAAGGCAUGAGCCUACUUUCAUUGUUAGGAAGGUUAAUCUAGAACAUACUUGUGUUGGAAAUCCAAAGAGUUUUAACAGAUCUGCCAAUCCUGAGUUUGUAAAAGAAGUGGUACAUGAGAAGUUAAAGGAGACAGCUGGGGCCUUAAUUCCAAAGCCUAGACAUAUAGCAAGAGACUUUUUUGUUACUCAUAACAUAGAUAUACCAUAUAUUUGUGAAUGGAAAGCAAGAAAUAUUCUUUUAGAAGAUCUGUUUGGUAAUUAUGAUGACAGCUACAAGGAUGUACCCAUCUUUUGUGCAAUGGUGGCUCAUACUAAUCCAGGGUCAGUUCCUAAAUACAGUUAUCAAAAAAAAGAUAAGGCAUUCAUGAGCAUGACUAUUUCAUUUGCUGCACCAAUGAGAGGAUUUCAGAAUGCAGGAAGACCAGUCAUAGGGUUAGAUGCAUGCCAUCUAACUGGAAAGAGUGGUGGUGUUCUAAUGGCUGCAACAGCACUUGAUGAGUGA